AUGGGUAGGAGGGAUCGCGUGGGCAGGCGAAAGCACCUGGCUCACCUCCGCCUGGCUCACCUCCGCCUCGCUCACCUCCGCCUGGCUCACCUCCGCCUCGCUCACCUCCGCCUCGCUCACCUCCGCCUCGCUCACCUCCGCCUCUCUCACCUCCGCCUCCCUCACCUCCGCCUCUCUCACCUCCGCCUCUCUCACCUCCGCGCCUCUCACCUCCGCCUCUCUCACCUCCGCCUCUCUCACCUCCGCCUCUCUCACCUCCGCCUCUCUCACCUACGCCUCUCUCCCCUCCGCUUCUCUCGCCUCCGCCUCUCUCGCCUCCGCCUCUCUCACCUCCGCCUCUCUCACCUCCGCCUCUCUCACCUCCGCCCGCGCACGCUUCUCCACGUCGUCCACGCGCAGGUCUCCUCGUCGCCCGCGCGCGCUUUAUCUCGUCGCCCGCGCGCGCUUUUCCUCGUCGCCCACGCGCGCUUCUUCUCGUCGCCCCCGCCUCUUCAAUUCGCACGCGCUUCUCCUUCCCUCAUCUUGCCCCUCUCCCCUCAUCUUGCCCCUCUCCCCUCAUCUUCCCCCUCUCUCGUCUGUCCCCACCCCACCCUUGCCCGUUCCCCCCUUCGCCCCACUCUCAGGGAAUGGCAGGCAUGA